AUGUCAAUUCUAGACAAGCUGUUGAAGCGAAUGCAGGCUGACGGUAGUCGUGUCCUGAUUUUCUCUCAAAUGAGUCGUGUGUUGGAUAUUUUGGAAGACUACUGCGUGUUCCGUGAUUAUAAGUACUGCCGUAUUGAUGGUACUACAGCCCACGAGGAUCGCAUUGCUGCCAUUGAUGACUACAACAAGCCCGGCUCAGAAAAGUUCAUUUUCCUUCUCACCACUCGCGCAGGUGGUCUGGGUAUCAACCUGACAACUGCCGACAUUGUGGUGCUCUUUGACAGUGACUGGAACCCCCAGGCUGAUCUACAGGCCAUGGACCGUGCGCAUCGUAUUGGACAGACGAAGCAGGUGAAGGUGUUCCGGUUCGUCACGGAGAAUGCUAUUGAAGAAAAGGUUCUCGAGCGUGCUGCCCAAAAGCUUCGCCUGGACCAGCUGGUCAUCCAGCAAGGUCGCGCUCAACAGCAAUCUGGCAAGGCCGCUUCCAAGGACGAACUGCUCGGCAUGAUCCAGCACGGUGCUGCCAACGUCUUCAGCACCAAGAGUUCUUCUGCCAGCGCCAAUGAUAUCACGGACGAUGAUUUUGAUUCUAUCUUGCGGAAGGGAGAGGAGCGAACGGCCGAGCUGAACAAGAAGUACGAGAAACUUGGUAUCGAUGACCUUCAGAAAUUCAGCUCGGAGAGUGCGUAUGAAUGGAACGGCCAGGAUUUCACCGAGCGCAAGAAGGACAUCGGUAUGGCCUGGAUUAACCCAGCCAAACGUGAGCGCAAGGAGCAAUUCUAUUCCAUCGAUAAGUACUAUCGCCAGGCUUUGGCCACUGGUGGUCGCACUGCGGACACCAAGCCCAAGGUGCCUCGUCCACCGAAGCAGAUUGCUAUUCACGACUGGCAAUUCUUCCCUGUUGAAUUGCAGGAACUGCAAGACAAGGAGACUGCUUACUUCCAACGAGAAACCGGUUACAAGGUUCCUCUCGCCGAAGGUGAAGAGGAAUCGCUCAGUGAGCGCGAAGCAAACCGGGACCUUGCGCAACAAGAGAUCGACAGCGCCCAGCCCCUGACUGAAGAAGACAAGGCUGCGAAAGACCGCAUGUCCAACGAAGGUUUCCCGACCUGGAAUCGUCGUGAUUUCCAGCAAUUCGUCAACGGUUCUGCCAAGUUCGGACGCACCGACUAUGUUGGCAUCGCCACCGAGGUUGACAGCAAAGAGCCAGACGAGAUCGAGGAGUAUGCCGAGGUGUUCUGGAAGCGAUACACUGAGAUUGAAGAGUAUCCGAAGUAUCUACGGGUGAUCGAUCAAGGUGAAGAGAAACUGCGCAAGUUGAACCACCAACGCAAGAUGCUGCGCAAGAAGAUGGAGAUGUACCGAGUGCCUCUACAGCAGCUCAAGAUCAACUACACUGUGUCUACCACCAACAAGAAGGUCUACACCGAGGAGGAGGACCGGUUCCUGCUUGUCAUGCUGGAUAAGUAUGGAGUUGAGGGCGAAGGCUUGUACGAAAAGAUUCGGGAUGAAGUCCGCGAAUCACCUCUCUUCCGAUUUGAUUGGUUUUUCCUCAGCAGGACCCCUGUCGAGAUCAGUCGGCGCUGCACGACCCUGCUGAACACUGUGGCGAAGGAGUUUGAGCCCGACAGCAAGACCAAUGGCGAGGGUAAAGGUCGGGGUCGAGACCGGGACGAGGAAGAGGAGAACGAUGACGCGGCACCUGCAAAGAAGAAGGCUAAGAAUGGCGCCACAGCCAAGCAGGCUAAGCCAGCUAAGCCAGCCAAGGGCGGCAAGAACACCUCGGCAGUGAACUCGCGGGCGGCCAGCCUCUCCAACGCCCCCAAAGCGAAGAGCCGAAAGCGAUGA